UAAACCUGAAGUGGCACCCCAAUUAGACAUAGCAGCCACUACGGCCUUAGAACUUAAAGAAAAGGCAGACNUAAUGGAAGUUAACAUAGAGCAUUCUGAAGCGAGUUCUAAACCUGAAUUAGAGCCCUCAAUAGACAUGGCAACUCAAAUGAAGGUCCAAAAGAAAAAAAGAAUGAGGGAAGAAAAGAAAAAAGAGACAAGUCCGAGUGAAUCACAUGCACAACAUCCUCAACCUCAAACCUGUUCUAACCAUGCACCUGCAGUUCGAGAAAUAAUUGAAAAAUGCCCUGGACCUGAAGGGGCAGAAUCCAGGGAUGGCAAGCCACCUGAAAUGCCAAUCCAGGGAUUUUUAUAUCCUGCAGUGGCACUAUCAAUAGAUCCUAAAAUCACAGACCAAGCUUCCCGAAAAGACACAGCAACCCCAAUAGACCAAGAUCAGAAGGUGAGUGAGAAAAAUAGGAAGAGUAAUGUAGCUGCCGCCUCAAUAGAGCCAACAAUUCAAACAGGUCAAGAUCCCCCAGUAGACCCAGAACAGAGGACGAAGAAGAGUAAGAAAAGUGUCAGUGCACUAAAAAAUGAAGGGUUAGAAUCUGAGAAACGCAAUGCUGAUCUAAAUGCGGAAACCGCAGUUCAGAAAAUAGAAAGACGCACAGCCAAAAAAUCUAUGGGCAGACACAAUGUAGAACCAGCUGCUAAAAGUCCGGUUCGUAUAACUGAGCAUCUCAAAGUCACUGAAUCUCCCUCUAAACGGCAUGGUGAUAGUUCCUUGAGUUGCGAGGCAUGCCAAGAGCUUGGUCACAGAUUAGAUCAAUGCAAGAGGGUGAGACGUCUUUCCAGGAACGAAGAAGUCUGCUUCUUUUGUGGGAAAAUUGGCCAUUCACUUAGACAAUGUGGUGUCACUCAAGCCGGGGGAAGGUUUGCGAAGUGCUUACUCUGUCAUGAACAUGGACACUUCAGCUAUAACUGCCCUCAAAGUGAAAAUGGAAAAAUGCGUAAGGAGCUUGUAGCAAAUGGGGCUUUCAGUGGAAGUGAAACAAGGUCUACUAAGUGCUCACUAUCAUAAACGUGGGCACCGCAACAGUAACUGCCCCCAAAAUCGUCAUGAUCCAAAGGUGCUUGCAGCCAAUGGGGCCAUCAGCAAAACAGUGGAAACUAAAGGACAACCUCUUCCCGAAGUUUAAUGUGAGCAGUACGGUCUUUCUGAUGAGCACGAGUCAAUUUACACCAGUACUCCCGCACUCGUCGAUCCCAGUUCCUCUCUGCCUUAAGAUUUGAUGAUUAUAUCACGUCUGUUAGACAUGAUUUCCCAAUUUUGGUUGUUUUAAGUUCUCUAUAUGUAGCAUAAACGUUAAUAUUAUUUCAGACCUUAUUGGGUUUUUCGUACCUAUUUCUUGUUUACUUCUCUACGUUGGAAUUAGUUGUGGCAGUUACAAGGUAAAUGCGACAAAGGGUUGCUUAAGAGGUGAAGUGACAUAAGUACAUGAGAAAUGGCUCCAAUAUUUUUGAAUUCAGUUGAUGUCGAGACAUUUUGGUUGCAGAUAUAGAAUGUUUUGGAAUAUAUUGAUCCUUUUAAAUUGGAA